GCACCCGAAAUCUGAAUUCUGAAUUCUGAAAGGAGCGAAGAGAUACUUUGGUAUGUACCCGUAUCGGACAAAGCGGUGUGUUAUGUUACUAAUGUAAGCAUAGAUUCGGGUGGGCGCGACCCGGAACUAGCCCAUCAACUUAUUCGUAUGCUCGCUCUCCGCAUAUCGUCGCAUCCAUCCAUCCAUCACAGGCCGUUAGGCUUGUGAUAAAAAAGAAAAAAAACCACUUCCACUGUUUGCGGGCGAUCUAUUCGUCUGAUCACCUUCCGAUCUAAUCCAUGACCUUAUCAGACGAUGAAGACAAGUUCUUAGCAAACUUCCUCGAAUCCGAACUGUCCGAUGAGGAGGAGAGGCAAUCGGAGGAGCCAGAAGCCAAGCGAUUGCGAGUAGGAAAGGAAGAUGAGGAAGAGGAGCAAAAACGCAAAGGAGAGAGGGCUUCUUGUUCGAAUUCGAAUCCGGGCCAAGUGAAGAACAAUAACAAUAGGAGUGUUCCUCGGAGGAUUGAGAGUGGAACAUUCAGCAAGAUUCCUCCCGAGUUGUUGCCUCACAUCCUCAAAUUUCUCUCAUCCGAGGAUCUUGUAACGUGCUCGCUGGUGUGCAGUUUCCUGAAUUAUGCUGCAUCUGAUGAGUCCUUAUGGCGUCGCCUGUAUUGUAUGCGGUGGGGUUUUUUGCCUCCAACAAAAAUAAGGGAAUGUGCUUGGAAGAAGCUUUAUAUUCAGCGUGAUGAAGAGGACAUGAUUGAGCUUGUUAGGAACUGUCCAUCUGAAUUUAAGGAGUACUACAUUCAAAUGCAAGCAGCUAAAAGAAGCCAAGCACCUCUUCCUUCGCAGGUGAAGGAUGACUCGAUAAUUCUUGACAAGACAGUUAUUGAUCAAGUAUCUAUGUGGAAAAGCAGUCGGGGUCUGACUGAUAAGGUUGUUGUCGACCAUGUUUGUUCUGGAGAAACGUGUUCCUACUACCAAAUUGGAGAUGUAUUUGUUUGUGAGAAGACUGGGCAGUAUGUGAUGAUACUUGUCGUGAAGUUAUUUUGGACCCAAACAAUGAGCUUUUGGUCUGCACAAUUUCAGGCCACUGUUUUGAUAGGUUACUGUCACCAACCGAAAUGGAAUUGGAUCAUGAACAGCAGCAAUGUGGUGGCACAGAUGAAGCAGAACCAUUCAUGGGAUCUGGCCGUUUUGCACGAGCUUACCUAUUAGGAUACAACUGCGAUGAUGAAAAGGAACUGGAAGCUGCUUUGAGGUUUUGUUGAUCCAAAUAUUUGUUACAUUUUAAGGUGGGUAUUAGUACAAAUGGGACAUGUUUAACAUAUGACUGUUUUAAGUCUUGCUUGAUUGAUUCUAUAGUUGUUCGAGAUAAUCAGUUGAUUAUCAGGGAUGGAAUGGAUUAAUUAUAGCAGCAGGCAAUUGAUUUUGGGUGGCACCCUCAAACUUAAAGAGAAACGGUUGCCUGCCCUGGUUGAGCUCAAAUAAUAAUAAUAAUAAUAAUAAUAAUAAUAAUAAUGAUAAUAAGUAAUAAUAACUGGAGAAUUAGGUUCCAAUCGCUGAAAGAUACUAGUAUUUGAAACAGAAUGUGAGCAAAGCUUUAAAGUUUUAAUGGAACAUGAAAUUCAACCCGACUCAACACAAAGUAAAGAAAAUGUCGAAAUAUGAUAAAAGUAGUAAAAAGUGAAAUACCACAACCAAUUCACAACUCCUCAGAUAUGAAAGCAAUCUUUGAGGCAGGAGUAACCUCAAUACAUAGCUUCCCAGCAGACAGAGAAACAAAAGUGAGACAGAUAAUUUGUAGCACUAAAAGACAUAAACUAGACCUAAGUAACAACUGACGGUAAAAAAAAACAGCUGAAGACGGAUGCGUACAUCCAACUCCUAAUUCAACUAGACAUGAACAAGAUUCAAACGAAAAAGGUGCGUCCAAAUUACAAGCAUUAUUAUAAGUGUCCACUUAAUGCUCAUGGAUUCUCCAACAAUCAACAUCGUUGGGGAAAAAAAGAGUUGAUUGAUGCACGUUAAUUUCAUGUGUUGGUCGUGAUUAAGUAUUUAUUAGCAGAAACUAUCAUAAGGAAAUAAGAUGGAAUUACAUUGCUCCGAAAACAGGAAAAACAAAAAUCGAAUAAAAGUGCUGAUUUUCCAGAUAAAAGUUAAC